AGACGAAGGACUAACCAAUCACAUUGAAGCAGUUCGAGUACUAACAACAAUAACACAACCUGGCAUGAUAUCUGUGAAGCAGGCCACAGUUACAGGAGAGUAAAAGUGUGAGGUUGCCAUGGAAACUGAGGGUAAGGUGAUCACAUGCAGGGCAGCAGUUGCCUGGGAACCAGGAAAACCUCUGUCCAUUGAGGAAGUGCAGGUUGCUGCACCAAAAGCCCAUGAAGUACGCAUUAAGAUAGCAGCAUCGGGAGUAUGCCACUCAGAUUGGUCUUACCUGUAUGAGGCUGAUAAAAUGAGUCCCCGGCCUUUUCCUUUGAUCCUGGGACAUGAGGGGGCUGGAGUGGUGGAGAGUGUUGGACCAGGUGUCACAAAAUUGUCCAAAGGAGAUAAAGUUAUUCCUCUGUUCCUGCCACAGUGUGGACAAUGUGAACGCUGCAUGAGUCCAAAGACAAACCUCUGCCCUAAAAACUGGCAGAAUACUCAACAAGGUGUUCUCGCAGAUGGGACCAGCAGGAUCACUUGUAGGAAUCAACAGGUUUAUCAGUUUAUUGGUAUCAGCACUUUCUCUGAAUACACUGUUGUGCCAGAGGACAAUGUCACCAAGAUUCAUCCAGAUGCUCCACUGGACAAAGUUUGUCUGUUGGGCUGUGGGGUCUCUACAGGAUAUGGGGCAGCAGUUAACACAGGCAAAGUAGAAGCUGGUUCUAUGUGUGCUGUGUUUGGUUUGGGAGCUGUUGGGCUGGCAGUUGUCAUGGGAUGCAAGGCUGCUGGUGCUGCACGGAUUAUUGCCAUAGACAUAAAUCCAAAUAAAUUUGAGAUUGCCAAGACAUUUGGAGCAACUGAGUUUGUGAACCCGAAAGACCACAGUAAACCCAUUCAGGAGGUGCUGAGAGAGUUGACUAAUGGUGGUGUUGACUUUUCUCUUGAAUGUGUGGGGAAUGUGGCUGUUAUGAGGGCUGCUUUGGAAGCGUGCACUCCUGCUGGGGGAAUCUGUGUGAUUGUAGGCUGGAAUGAGGUGGAGGAACUUAGUCUGGUCCCUUUGGACCUUCUGCUUGGAAGAACUUUGAAAGGCACUUAUUUUGGAGGUUGGAAGAGUGUUGAGGCAGUGCCCAGGCUGGUACAGAAGUACAUGAGUGGUCAAAUUCUGCUGGAUGAGUUUGUGACACACAGACUGACUCUAGAUCAAGUUAACCAAGCUUUUGAUCUAAUGGUCAGUGGGAAAAGUAUUCGCACUGUGAUCAAGAUGUGACAUGGAGGUGGCCCAUCUUCUCCAAACAAAGCAGUGUUCAAUAUAAAAAAAACAGGGUCCCAUAUAUACCUCUCUGCAGCCAAAAAAG